AGCUACACUGUACGAUACUGAUGCCGCGUUAUUAAUUAUUAUUUACAUAAAUUUUAGUGUUAAAGCCUUCAUAAAUUGUGUGUUUUAGUGUUUAAUAUAUUAGUGUUAAAAUGUCGGACCUCAAAAUAUGUAGAAUAUGUCUCUCUACUGACGUGAAAAUGUAUGGAUUAGACAAGUUUCAAUUGAGAACUUAUUACGAACAGAUUAUGGCUACAAAAGUUAAUGUAAAAUCAGGACUCCCAAAGUACUUUUGCUAUCAAUGUGCGGCAUUACUACAUAAAUAUCACAAGUUUAAAGAGAAAUGCUACAUUGGACAGAAGGUGCUCAAAGAAAUACUAUGGAAGGGUCCUAUAACGAAAAGAGCAGUCCGCAAUUUAGACCGCAAAACACAAAACCUCCUUACACCAAUAGGAAUAAUAACUGUUAGUAAGAGAGUUAAGACCACUUUAAUAAGAAAUUCGGAUAAAUUAAAAAUACAGGAGAGAGAACCUAUAGAAAUAGACGUUGGAUCUCUAAGCGAUGACGGAACCUUCGAAAACGCCGUCGACGACAGCAAAGAACGUUUAGAAGAAGUAGAAAUAGAAAAAAUAGACAUAAAAGAACAGAAAGAAAAAGUAGAAAAGUUAGAAACCGAUGCAAUUGAAGUCAUUGAAGCAAAAACACAGCCGACAGAAAAGAUAUUAGAAAUAGAAAAAGUAUUUACAGACGACGAAAUACAGAGCGACGAUGAAAAGGUGUUCGUUGAUGAUAUAAAGAUAAUGACUGAUGAUGAUGAGGAAUAUGAACCAGAACCGGAACCGGAACCAAGGAAUACGAGGAAAAGAAAAACAAGGAGCAGUGGUAACAGCAAAAAGAAGAAAGCUAAAGAAACAAUUCCUAAGGAAAAGAAGUUCGCGGUUAAAACUACGAAGAAGACAGAAAUGGAUCCGAAUAACUGGCUGAAGAUUAAUCUGACAGAAGAAGAAGCAGAUGCGGAGUUUAAGGCCAGAGGGCAGCACAAGAGAUAUUUGAAUGCGCAGUUUAAAUGUACGCAGUGUCUUAAAGGAUUCUCCAAAGAAGAUAUGCUGAAGAGACAUGAUAAGUUGAGGCACUGUGAGUCCAACGGGCCUAUAGAGUGUCGCUUCUGCCACAUGCGGUUCAAAUGGAAGUGCUUCCUCAACAAGCACAUGAGACAACACUACACCAAGUACAAAUGUCUCCGCUGCGAUCUCGUCUGUCCUCUCGAAACUACGGCUCUAUUUCACGAAGAAUAUCACAACGGUGUUACGCGAAAAUGUGAUCAUUGUGGCGAAGAAUUCAAACACCUGACAACAUACUACACCCACUUGCGCACUCACCGCAGUGAGCAUGUGUGCACGCUCUGCGGCGCCAGCUUCGUCAGUGUGACCGGACUCGGCAUACAUAAGAAGAUCAAGCAUGUUAACGCUGAAACUGAGCUGCCUCAAGGUGAAGAACAGCACUGCCAACGAUGCGACAUCAAGUUCGAGACAAGGAAAGCGUAUGAGGAACAUCUCAUACAUUCAGCCAUGCAUGUGGAUGGAAUCGAAGACUUAGAAAUAAAUGCACCUAUGCCUUCUAACCCCAGGAAACGGCGGCAAAACUUCAAAAGGACAACCAAAAUACCGACUGACUGUCAUAUUUGCGGCAAACACUUCGCGACGCAGGCGGCAUGUCGCAAGCACCACCUGGCGGAACAUCCGCGCACUUCGUUCUUCGCGCCCAACGAGAGACACAUCUGCGAGAUAUGUGGCAUGUCGCUAGCUCCCGGCAGUGUGUCCAGCCACCUGAAUACUCACACCCGAGAAAAGCUUUACACUUGCAACACAUGUGGGCGACAGUUUAGCAGCAAAGGCGGUAUGACUACACAUCAGCUGACACAUACAAGUGAGAAGCCAGUGGCGUGCACGCUUUGCGACAAGCGCUUCAAACAAGUCAGCAGCAUGAGACUACAUUACCGAACCUUCCAUUUAAAAGAACCUUAUCCUAAAAGAAAUCGAAAGAAGAAAACCGAUGACAUGUCAAAGGAUGAGUAUGGUCACGAGGACUCCGAUGACAAUAUGACACUUGAUAACUUCUAUGCGCGAAAAUAUUAAUCUCUAACAAAAAAUACGAAGACAGAACUUGCUUAAAGUCGAUAGAAGAAAUGACGUCAUCCCUACGUUACAAACAGCAACGUCCUUCUUACGUCAACAAAAUGGCGGCCAGGGGGCGUACCGCCAAAUAAUCUUAGUCAUAUUAUUGCGGGCGGAAGAGAGAUGGCGCUCUACACCGUGUAUUGCGCUGUCACGCUUUCACAACCAUAAUAAUGUUACUUUAAGACGUGGUGGAAGACUUUUGGGCUUUUAGCAAUGUAGGGGUAUUGUGUAUUAACACAGAAUCUUUAUAGGCAUAACAUAAAUAACAGUCUUACCGCAGUUAAAAUGUUAGCAUAAGUUGAAGUACAAUCUAUGAUUGAAUCGCCAGCGGUAAAACAUGACUGAAAAUUGCAAUACAAUAGCUAUCAUUUAGCAUUAUGUAGAUAAUAUUCCAUAACUUACACAACGCCAUCUAGAUUCAAAUUAAGCAAAGCCUGUAUUAUAACUACAAGGGUGCUGAGUGAAUUAAACCCACGAACUACCAUGUGGCAAUCGGGCCCACUAACUUCUAGACUAACAAGCCAGUCAAAAAUGGCAUAUUUUUACCGUCGGCGCCUGUUAAACGAAUGUUAUAGAAUAUAUACAAAAUAAAAAUGAUCUGCUGAAAUUAAAUGGCGAAUUCUGUAAAUAAAUUUGUAAAUAUAAAUAAUUUAUACCGUUUAGUUUUUAGCUUAAAUUUAAAACAUGAAUAAUAUACAACUUUUCAAACUAUAGAUCAUUUUGACAACGUUUGUUGCCAUGGAUACAAAUUAUUAGACUAAUUUUCCAAGAUUAAAAAAGAAUGUUUAGAACAAACGAGUAGUUGUGACACCACGCCAAACCCAAUGCGCGACGUGCGACGGGUUCGAUCUCCGCGUAGGGCAGGCACUUGUGUGAUCCACGAACAUCCAGAUGUUCGUGGAUCACACAAGUGCCUGCCCGUAUGUACACAGACAGACCCAGGUCUGUCUGUGUGAAUAUCUGUAAAAUUUAUUUCAAUAGACGGGAGUCGUUUUUUUUUAAAUGGACAGCUUUCGCAAGUUAAAUAAUAAUGCUCCCUAUACUCAAUAUAGAAGCUAAAACUUUAAAUAAAAUUAUGUUUUUUCUUU